AUGAGACUCUUUGCUCCGAAGCACCAAAAAUUGGUCAACCAAUGCUACCCAUCAGGGAGAGCGACUGACAAGAAGCCAAAGUCUUCGGAGACCUCCUAUCUUUUGUAUUACGUGAAUUCGAGACGUAGUAAACUGGAAAAAGUCAGUACUUACCUUGUAAAGAGAACUACUGUGGAUUUGAACCGUCGAAGAGUGGGAAAUGUGGCAGUUACGUUGGAGCUUAUGACCAAGAUCGUUGUACAUUGUAAGGAAAAUCUCAACGUGUUUGUUAAGGACUUUCUUCAAAUAAUGAAGAACAUAUUAUCGAACAGCAAUAUUAAUAAUGACGUCUCUGUCGUUGAGUUGGUUCAAGAGACUUUCUGCAGUAUAUGCAAAAAUGUUGAAGGUGCAUUGUGCAGUGGUGAUACAGAAUUUGUUCAACUUUACCAGGAAUUUGCGGAGCUCUACUUCCGUGUGGUCAUUGAGAUGCUGCAUAAUGACGAUUUAUUACUGAUGGGUUGUAUUGAUAUUUCUUACACGAGUAACCUGGCAAGCAGCCCCCAAAUUAACCAUUUCAUACCUCAAUCUGUGACGUUUGUUUUACAAAAGUUUUUGGAUAGAAAUCCAAGAUAUAAGACACCGCAUUUGGACCCUGAAGGAGACCAGGUUGUGUACAAGAGGUUGAGUAGAACUCAAACACGAAACGCAGGGCUAGAUGGUAUAGCAGACGAUGGUGCAGAUCUCUCGGUGAAAGCAUUACAGUCUUAUUUCACCACCACUGAGACCGAUAAGUUGACUUUGUCUCUCCGAGCUUUACUGCAUUUCAUGCAAAAGAAUCCUAACAGGAACUUGCUAGAGUUUAUUUGCAAUGGUAUACCCGUUCAAUUAAGGUACAUUGUUGUUUUACUGCUGAUCAGGCAACUAAAUGAUAAAGCUUGUCAACCUAUUAUUGUCUUGAAGCUGGUCUCAUCUCUGUUGGUGUCUGACGUCAGUAUCGUGGGAUUGAGUGUUCUAGAUAUGAUGAGAAAGAUUCUCAAAUUUCAGUUAGAGAAUAUUGGCAAAGAUGAGAUCGUCCAUCAAUGCGGCGUUACUCUAACAGAUUUGAACAAUAAGGUCUAUUAUAGAGGUCAAACAUCGGACAUGCUAUAUGAGUUUUUACUGAAGCUCAGGUCUACAAAAGUGGAAGCAGAAAUUACUGUGAUUAACAAGGAUAUUCAUGAACUGAUGAAGAACAUUGAGAAGCCAUCCAUAAGCCUGGAGCUAUUCCUAGAUCUGGCUCCAUAUGCUGCUAAGUCAGAAAUUGUACGAAUGUUUGACAUCGUCGAGGAACAGGUAUCUGGUGGCCUCUAUUUCUCAAAACUAUACCAGCUAAUUCGGGAACUAGGCUCUGCGCCUGAAGGACAAGUAUUGAUGGAAAAGGUCUUCAAAAAGUAUAAGAGCCUAGCGCUUCUCUCUGGCUUAAACUACUUUACCGAAAAUGUGUCAAGCCCUGAACCGGCAUACUACUUUUAUCACUUGGAGGCAGCGAAAUACUUAGAUUUAGAGGAUUACAAGUCCCAAGUUGAAUACAAAAGAGAGAAUGGGGACAUGUUUUCGAAAGAUGAUUUGAUCAAUUACUACUCCGAUUCAGGGUCCAACAAGUUUAGUAAAAAGGGCACACAAAUUUUAAUGUCUCAAAACAAUCAAAUCUCGACAACUGACCUUCUAAGUGAUAAUACCAUCCGUACAAACUCUUUAAGCGUUACUCAGGAAUCGUCCAUCGACGCGCUUGCUGCUGCAAAUACGGUUGUCAAUAAAAACCCUAAUGAAAAUUACACCGUUGCUCUUAAUGGUCUCGCUAAUGGACGCUUUACUGACCUGAGAUCGUGGAAGAGCUUAAGGAAUGCGGCACCCAAGGUGGACGAUUUAAAAAGAGCCAUGGGCAAUGGUAAGCCAACAGGCGGUCACAGAGCAGAAAACGGUGUUUUACGUGGCUCUCAAUCUGUGAAAUCCAGAGUGACUAAUAUAACUUUUCUCCUUAGUGAGCUCAAAAGUAUUGAUGACGAGACUAGCCAUGUUUACGAUCCCGAUGAAGACGAAGUUGUUGGGCUUGAUAAGAAUGAUAUUGCGAGAUCUCACUCUUUGAAGGCCAUUCCCUACUCCAAUUAUAAUGGUAAUAAAAGAAAGUCUUUAAGUAGGGAAGAUAAAGUUGAUGAGGAAUUUCAAGACGCUGUCGAUGAUAUAGCAUUAACCAGCACCCGGGGCAAACUAUUUUAA